UGGGAACAGUAGACGGCAUCUGAAAAGGUAAAAGAGUAGUAGUCUCUGACGUGUCAUAGGCCUCAUCGUCAGCAAGAGAGAGUAUAAAAGGACCUGCAAGUGCGUCUAGCACCGUGGUGCGCAAACAUCCACGGACAUACAACCAUGGGAAAGAUCGUCUUCUACGAGGGCCGCAACUUCCAGGGCCGUCACUGGGAGUGCGGCAGUGACUGCAUGGACACCUACAGGCACUUCAACUGCUGCAACUCCCUCCGUGUCAGCGGCGGCCAGUGGGUGGCCUAUGAGAAGCCCUACUACAUGGGCUACCAGUACAUCCUCGGCCCCGGAGAGUACCCCAACUACCACUCCUGGAUGGGCUUCAACAACUGUAUCCGCUCCUGCCAGAUGUACCCUCCCUACAGAGGAUCCUACAAGAUGUCCAUUUUUAACAGGCCCGAGAUGAUGGGACACACGAUGGAGUUCACAGAAGACUGCCCCAAUGUGCUUGACCGCUUCCACUUCCGUGACAUUUACUCCUGUAACAUCAUGGAGGGCUACUGGAUCUUCUACGAGCACCCCAACUACAGGGGACGCCAGUACUUCCUGCGUCCCGGACAGUACAGGGCCUGUGGCGACUGGGGCUGUAACAACCCCAUGGUUGGCUCUUUCAGAAGGAUGAGGACUCACAUGGAAAUGCCCAAACGUGUGUAAUCCAAAUUAAUAAUAAAGAUCUCAUUUUAACACAA